UAGGAUGCACGUGUCAAAAAAUUAUUGGGUAGAGGAUAGAAGAGGAGAAACUCGCCGGCCAUCGCUCUUGCAAUGUAGAAGCUUUGAUCGAUCUGGUUCUCGUCGAAGAAGAAGCUUUGAUCGAGAAAUCAUAGCAAGCUGACGCCAUUGUCCACUCUGAUUCUCUCGAAGAAGAAGCUUUGAUCGAUCGGUUUCGAUCAAGAGACAAGGAUUGCUUGAGGUUGAUGAAUUGAAAGCUAUCUCCAACGUCAAAGACGAUUUUCAUAGAAGAUUACCGCAAGUUUCAUGAAGUCAAAGUGUGGGAAGAUGAGUCCAUCUCUUUCUAUCCUCUGGAAAACGACUACUUCGCUGGAGACAAUGCGAGCCUUGUUGGUUUUUCACAACCAGAUUAUGGUUCUCUUCUGAGAGAUGAGAACCUUCUUAGAUACACGCCGAUCAAGGACUUCACCGGAAACGACUCCUUCUUAGAUGUUCUUGAAAGGUUUGUUGGCGCAUUUGAGGAGCAGUGGUGGGACGAAGAUGGUGGUGGUGGAGGGAAAGGAAGAAGAUUGGUGGAGGUUUUGAGUUCUCGGGUGGUGGUGGUGGAGGGAAAGGAAGAAGAUUGGUGCAGGUUUUGGUUGGUUCUUGGUGGGAGUGGUGAUGCUUUAUCUGUUGGUCUAAACGAGAGCCAUGUCUCUGCUCUCAGAUCUCGUCAACCUCAACCUCUCCGACUCCACCAAGCAAAUCAUUGCCGAAUACAUAUGGAUUGGUGGAUCUGGAAUGGACAUUAGAAGUAAAGCCAGGGUGUUUUUGAAUUAUGAGUAAUCAGAAGAAGAGGAAUUUCCAGAUUGAGGCGUUCAAGCACCGCGUCGUCGUGGAUCCCAAAUACGCCGAUAAAACCUGGCAGAUUCUCGAGCGUGCGAUUCAUCAGAUUUACAAUCAAGAUGCUAGCGGCCUCAGCUUCGAAGAGCUUUACAGGAACGCGUACAACAUGGUUCUGCACAAGUUUGGCGAUAAGCUCUACACCGGCUUUAUCGCCACCAUGACUGCUCAUCUCAAGGACAAGUCCAAGCUCAUCGAGGCUGCUCAGGGAGGAUCGUUUCUUGAAGAGCUCAACAAGAAAUGGAACGAGCACAACAAAGCGUUGGAAAUGAUACGGGACAUCCUCAUGUACAUGGACAGAACCUACAUCGAGAGCACCAAGAAGCCUCACGUUCAUCCCAUGGGGCUUAGUUUGUGGAGGGACAACGUGGUGCAUUCCCCUAAGAUUCACUCGAGGCUUCUGAACACACUUCUUGAUCUAGUCCAUAAGGAACGCACUGGUGAGGUUAUUGACAGAGGGUUGGUGAGGAAUGUUACCAAGAUGUUUAUGGACUUGGGAGAGUCUGUGUAUCAGGAUGAUUUUGAGAAGCCCUUUUUGGAUGCUUCUUCCGAGUUUUACAAGGUUGAGUCUCAGGAGUUUAUUGAGUCUUGUGAUUGUGGGGAUUACCUGAAGAAAGCUGAGAAACGUCUGACUGAGGAGAUAGAUAGGGUAGGACACUACUUGGAUGCCAAGAGUGAAGACAAGAUUACUAGUGUGGUUGAGAAAGAGAUGAUUGCUAACCACAUGCAGAGGCUGGUUCUCAUGGAGAAUUCAGGUCUCGUUACUAUGCUUCUGAAUGAUAAGUAUGAGGAUUUGGGUAGGAUGUACAACUUGUUCCGCAGGGUUACCAACGGUCUUGCUACCGUCAGAGACGUUAUGACCUCGCAUCUAAGGGAAAUGGGGAAGCAGCUUGUUACUGAUCCGGAGAAGUCCAAGGAUCCGGUGGAGUUCGUGCAGCGGCUAUUGGACGAGCGGGAUAAGUAUGACAAAAUCACCAGCACCGCGUUUGGUAAUGAUAAAACGUUUCAGAACGCGUCGAAUUCUUCGUUUGAGUAUUUCAUCAACUUGAAUGCUCGUUCUCCUGAGUUCAUCUCCUUGUUCGUUGAUGACAAGCUACGGAAAGGACUUAAGGGUAUCGCAGACGCGGAUGUGGAGGUCGUCCUUGAUAAAGUCAUGAUGCUGUUCCGCUACUUACAAGAGAAAGAUGUGUUUGAGAAGUACUACAAGCAGCAUUUGGCUAAAAGGCUUCUCUCCGGCAAAACCGUGUCAGAUGACGCAGAGAAAAGUCUGAUAGUGAAACUAAAGACGGAAUGUGGAUAUCAGUUCACUUCGAAAUUGGAAGGCAUGUUCACUGACAUGAAGACUUCAGAGGACACAAUGAGAGGGUUUUACGGCAGUCACCCUGAGCUUUCAGAAGGACCAACGCUUAUUGUUCAGGUUCUUACAACUGGUUCAUGGCCCACACAGCCUGCAGUACCUUGUAAUCUCCCAGCUGAAGUUUCGGUUCUCUGCGAGAAGUUCCGCUCUUAUUACCUUGGAACCCAUACCGGUAGGAGAUUGUCUUGGCAAACUAACAUGGGCACAGCCGAUAUCAAAGCAAUCUUUGGAAAAGGUCAGAAACAUGAACUCAACGUGUCGACUUUCCAGAUGUGUGUCCUCAUGCUUUUCAACAACUCCGAUCGUCUCAGCUACAAGGAGAUCGAACAGGCUACUGAAAUCCCAGCACCAGAUCUGAAACGUUGCUUGCAAUCGCUAGCGUGUGUAAAAGGCAAAAACGUGAUAAAGAAAGAACCGAUGAGCAAAGACAUAGGAGAAGAAGAUCUGUUUUGUGUGAACGACAAGUUCACAAGCAAGUUUUACAAAGUGAAGAUUGGAACAGUUGUUGCACAAAAGGAGACAGAGCCGGAGAAGCAAGAGACGAGACAGAGAGUGGAGGAAGACAGGAAACCUCAGAUUGAAGCAGCGAUUGUGAGGAUCAUGAAGUCUAGGAAAAUACUGGAUCACAACAACAUAAUAGCGGAGGUGACUAAACAGUUACAGCCACGGUUCUUGGCUAACCCGACCGAGAUAAAGAAGAGGAUCGAGUCGCUCAUUGAACGUGAUUUCUUGGAAAGGGAUAAUACGGACCGGAAACUUUACCGCUAUUUAGCCUAAUAAGUUGAUUACCUCAACAACAACAAAAGGCCGUUCGUCCCUGUUUAUUUGCUUUGUUUCUUCCGUUUUGGUGUAAAAGCUUAUGAUCUGUACGGUAGUAGGUAAAAUCAAUCGAACGAACAUGGUGUUACUGCCGUUGGUCGAAUAUAACAUUUGCUUCCUUUUUUGUCUU